CUCCGGCAGGCCGAGGCGACGCCCGACUGGGUCCCUGUCGCGGAAGCUGGCCCGUCCGCUAUGGCCGCGGGGAGCGCCGCGGGGUGGGCCGUGGGGGCCCUCGGAGUGGUCUGCCUGUUGCUCCGGUUGGAUUUCAUUAGCUGUGAUUCCCAAGUAAUAUAUGGAGCCGUGAACAAGAAUGUAACUUUAUACACAUCGAGUUUUAAACCCUUUAAGGAGAUUGUGUGGAAAAGAGGAAAGGAUAAAGUUGUAGAAUGGGAUGACCAAUCUGAAGUCAGAGCUUUUCUGUCUUUUAAAGAUAGAGUUUACUUAGACACUGUGUCGGGGAACCUCACGAUCUGCAAGUUAACACCAUCAGACGAAGACGAGUACGGAAUUGAAUCCCCAAGUGUUAGAAAUAACAGCAAGUUCACCCUCAGAGUGAUCGAGUCUCUUCCAUCACCAGCACUAUCUUGCACAUUGAUUGAUGGGAACAUUACACUCCAGUGCUUGAUCCUGGAAGAUUACAACACCCAUCUAGAACUCAUACAGUACUCCUGGGACUGUCCUUCAACAAUACAGUGUCAGAGUGGCUCAAAACCAUCUGAAGUGUAUGUUACGAAGGAAGGUGAUCUAUCACAGGAAAUUCAGUGUAUCAUUAGCAAUCCAUUAUUCAGAAGGACAACAUCAAUCAUUUUGUCAACCUGUGUCCCAAGUGACAAUACAAGGCACAGGACUGUGCUUUUCGCCAUACUGCCAGCACUAAUAUUUGGUUUGCUGUUUUUAAAAUGUUUUCUGGGACGCCCAUAGCAGAUAAACACGGAGAACUAGGAAGCCAGUCCCCGGUGCCAAAAAGGUGGGGGACCGUUGCUGUACGCAUGCAGAACAGCAGCUUCUCCUGGAUAAAGAGGUGAAUUGCCCCAGCUCUCCCCUGGGCGGCCAUCAUAGAAACCCGAGAUCCCUGGAGUCACCGUGCAAAGGCCUUUGCUCCUGAGCCCGCACUCUCCCUGCAGUUCCUGUCACGUGAGAGUCUUCAGCCUGGAAGAGGAGAUGUUUCUUCCCUCCAAGGUGCGUGUUUGCAAAGGGGCCCCGGGACACAGUGACAUCCAGCUCCCCACAGCGUCAGUAAGAGGGAGACCGAGGCCUGGAAGCCCUGCGCACCCCAGAGAAGAGCCCCGCUUGGCCUCCAGGUGGCUUAGCUGUCUAACGAAAUGUGUCUUCUGUACUUUGCUCCCCAUACGCUCUCUCUGGCCCUUUCUGACCCCAUCAGUCAACAGUAAAAUUCCUAGUAUCCUCUUCAACGAAUGUUCCUGUCCCCUUUCUGUUGUCAUGAACCCUGGCUCUCCCCUAGGUUGCUGCUUCCCGCAACCCUCUCAAGGGGAAGCUCUCCUCUCCUGUGCGCCUUGUAUGCUGGUCCCAGAGGGAGGGGGGCGUCCUCGCGGCUCGUUCCUGCUUUCAGACCAUUGCUCCUUGCCCAGCUUUGAUGCUCACACCAGCAGAUCACCACCACCUGAUAGCCUUUUUCCGAGUUACCCUUUUUAUUCCUCGUGGCGUAAAGAUGUUUAGUACCAGGUGGAAAUCACUCUCCCUUAACACUGCUCCUUUCGGAAUCUUGAGUGUUUUCAAAACCUGCGAAUCAUGGUCCCCCAGGGCUCUUCCUUUCCCAGCACCGCCCUGGCCCUGCUCCUGACCUUUUUAUCAGUAAAGCCCGCAGUCUCUCACCAUCUCAGCUACAAGCAUGCCCUCUCUGCUUGUCAUCUUCCACACCACACCCUUGAGGGCCCCGAAUCCCAAACUCCUGCAACCCCACCAGGACCUGCAAGCCAGCCAUCCUGCCUCUUCCCUGGCCCUCAGCUGCUCGGGGUCCUCGUUCUCCUCACUGUUUGGGGUCUUCAGUGUGCAUCAGUGUAAUCACUCCUCUAACCCUCACUCUUUACCCCCUCACUUGGCCAAACCCCAACUGUGGUUAUAGUUGCAUCUACUAGUUCCCUCCCUGCAUCCAAACUGCUGAACACCCUGGAGAAAAACACACCACCCAGCUGACAAGUUUGAUUUCAAUGACCGCAGACCUCAAAGGGACUCACAGUGUUUCUCAGCUGUCCUCGCUGCAUUGCCCUGGUCCGUUCACUGCCUCCUCAUUGCUCUUCUUAGACCUGCAAUACUAACAACCCUCAACUGCUCAGCCUGCUUCCCGUAUCACUGAAAACAAAAGCACGGAGGAGAACCCUUCUGCCGCCUAGCCCCCGCCUUCCCACCACACAUCUCCUCAGCCAGCUGCAUCGGCACCCAUGUGCUUUGCCUCUUGUUACCGUGGGUGAAAUCUCCUUGCUCCUAAAACCAAUCUCUCCACUUGUCUUAGUGUGCUCGGGUUGCCAUAACAAAAUACCAUAGACUGGUUGGCUUAAAACACAGAAAUGUAUUUGUCUCAGUUCUAGAGGCUGGGAAGUCCCACAUCAGGUGCCGGCCAGUGUGGUUCCUGGUGAGAACUCUUCUUGUCUGGCUGUGUCCUCACAUGGCAGGGAGAAGAGCUGUGGUGUCUCUUCCUCUUAGAAGGGCACCAAUCUACUGGAUUGGGGACCUCCCCUUAUGACCUCAUUUAACAUUUAUCACCUCCUCGAAGGCCUUAUCUCCAAAUACAGCCACAGUAGGGGUGAGGGUUUCAACGUGAAUUUUAGGGGACGAAUCACUCACGCUGCUUAUGCACAGGACAUCAUCUCCCCUCGUCUGCGGAGGGACAUGACUCUUGUCUUUAUCCUCCUGUCUCCACAUCAUCAGCUUUUACUUUUCAACGACGUCAUACAAACAUACUGUCAUUUCUCAUAUCUUCAAAAAACCAAAAUGCUCUUGACUACACUUCCCCGUCCAGCUCUUGUCUCAUUUUUCUGCUCUCUUUUAUGAAAAGUUCCUCAAAAGAAUGAUCUGUACUUCAUUUUUCUGACUCCUCUCUCCCCAUUCUUUCUUUUUUUUUUUUUAAGAUUUGUCUAUUAUUUAUUGACUUUAUUUUUAUUUUUGGCUGCAUCGGGUCCUAGUUGCGGCACGCGGGAUCUUCG